AUUUAUGGGCUGAGUUUAAUUGUUUGAAUAAAUAAUGGGGCUAGAAAGCUCAUUUCUGAAACAACUACUCACGGGUUAGCUUAGUAAUUGAUCAAUAUCAUAUCACCAACCGGCCCAAUAUGAAACUCUGAAACAGAAAUGGCGGCCUAGCAUUCGUUACGUUGGUACGACUGAAAACCCAGAGAGAGAGACCGAGGGGGACAGAAAUGGCGGCCCCUUCCCCCGCGGUGCUGAGGAAAACCCACAAAGCCCUAAGCUCUUUCUUCACCCUUAGAGCUAUAACUUCAAAUCUCCGCCAGCUUAGCGGUCCUGCCGCUGCCGGAAAGUUCCAACCUCAAGAACACGAUGACCCUUCUUCAUCACCGGCUUUCACUUUCUCCUCCUCCGAGGAAUCGCAGUCGAGUACUAGGAAUGAAGAAGAUCCCAUAUACCUGAAAGGGCCAGUGAAGAAAAAUAACAAUCCCUCGGCACCAUCGGAGUCGGUGAGCAUGCCCAUGUCUUUUAUGACGGGAUCAAUUGUGGGGAAGAGAUUUUACAACAAGGUGACCACCCGACAGGCUGACGAUGGCAAUGGUUGGACAGUGAUGCUUGAUUACAGAACCCUGAAAACCCCUUCCAAAAGGCCCCUCAAGUGCCCAACCCAUUCUCUCGCCAUGGCCAUUGCAGCUGAAUGGGAAUACCAGCAAAUGGAUGGAAUUAGGCCUUUUACAAUGCCUCUGAUGAAACUUGCAUGCACGGCUUUCGAAAGAGUUCCCCUCACUCGAGUGAAAGUUCUUGAGAAUUUGAUGAAGAAGUUUAAUCAGGAUUUAGUCUUCUGCAGAGCUCCAGGAGACAAUGAUCUUACUAGAGGUGUAUUAGAGUGUCAAGUGGAGAAGAUCGAUCCUCUGCUUAAAUGGUUGCAAUCAGAGUUUGGAUAUAAGCCUGUCGUAUACUCAAGCUUCUUUGGAGGAAAACAGGAAAAUGGUCUUGUGACUGCCAUUGAGAGCUUACUUAAAGGGACUACUGAUUGUGAAUUGGCAGCGAUUGACGCUAUUGCUGCUUCUGCUCAUUCUUUAGUCAUUGCAAUUGCAAUGUUGCGUGGUAGACUGAGUAUUGAUGAGGCCAUUGAGCUUAUUAGACUGGAAGAAGAUUUACAGGUUCAAAAUCUCGUCAGUUUUUAGAUCAGCAUCAACCUCUUGAUAUGUUUUGCAUUCUCAUGUUGUCUCUCUCGUUAAUUCCUGCAGGUAGAUAGCUGGGGUCUUGUUGAAGGUGGGCAUGAUGUUGAUAUCGCAGAUCUCAGAGUUCAGAUCUCAUCUGCUGCUGUUUUUCUUGGAUUGUCACGGAAAAACUGAGUUGCGUAUGCGUUUCACGUAUUAGAAGAGGGUGCUUUCUAUUUAUUUCUUUAGUAUGCUGGUGUUUUGUCACCACACCUGCACACCCUGCACACGUAGUGCUACAUAUUGUUCAGGAACUUGUAGCAUUUUGUCUAAUAAAGCGGACAAAAGAACAGAACCUUGACUUGUUGGUAUUUGUGCUUGAAAAUGAUCAGAUAGUUGUCCGCAUUACCAAAAGAUUAGUUUUGUUCUUUAGGUUGACAUCUAAUGUUGUUUGUAUGAAAUUAUGUUUGUGAUGCUACUUGCAAGUAGAAUGUACGGAAGUUUUUUUAUUUAGCGAAUAAAUUGGAGAAUGAUAACAUCAAGAUGAGGGCCCUUCCUUCUUGAUUAAGUGUAGCCAAUUACAAGUAGUUAGUUGUGCAGUGUAUGAGGUAUAGAAAAAUUUGCCAAAUUAACAGCUUCUGAAAACAAUAUUUCUACCGCUGUUACUCUGUUUAUUAAUGAAUUGAGAAUUUGAACAUCCUCCUUAACUUCUACUUUAUAAUUGUAAACUGGUGAUACUUGGAGAUGACCGGCAGCAAGCAUUCAGAUUACAGAUUCACAGGGUGAGGCCUUGCUCGUGCAAUUGCCAUCCCUUUUGUUACCACUCAUGUGUAGUUAUAGCUUGUUUCCGAGUAUAUUGCUUGUAGAAAAUGUGCCAUCUGGCCAAAGUGUUUUAUUCUGUGUGCUCCAUUUGGGGACCUAAGCUGACAGAAAAAGGCAACAGGGGAAGUCUAAUGUUUUAGUUUAGUCUCCUGAAAAUUGUCUUCCUGAACCCUGCAGCAGUUUUGUUUGAAUCCUGACCUAAAAGGGAAUGCUUCUUUUUCUUUUUUUCCUUUUUUAAUCUCUUAGCAUCUUUGAACGUGGAAGAUAUUGUGCUCGAUAUUUGUCACGUUGUUUUGCAACAUAGGAAUUGCAUAUUUCCUGCACACAUGGAUUAACAAAGAUUGAGGCUUGGUACUUCAAACAGGGUUUGUUACUUAUAAAUUUAAUUAGUUGUGCUUCAUUUGUGCUUCUUAUAGCAGCUGAAGGUUCGUUCAUCAAAAGCUUAAUAAACUCAUUUUCUAGGUAAGGAUUCUAGAUCUUCCAGAAUGGCCAAUGUCAUAAGUUUAGUCAUGGCAGGUGUCACCACUUAUCAGAGACGGACACAUACCUGCAAAUUAAUGCCUUUCUUUGCAGCACUGUAUACAUAGUGGUGGCUGUUUUCUGAUGUCACAAUAGCAACAAGCUAUGUCGCAGUCAUUGUUGCAACCUACACAAAGUAAGAGAACUUUUUGGUUCUUUACCUCAUACUAUUGAAUUUUCAUCUUCAUACUCCUCGUUCAUCUGACUCGAAAGAAGUAAAGAUAAGGUUGAAAUGAUUGCCUACCUUGGACAGUAAUAUAUGAAGGUGCUUGAGUACUUUCGAGAAACCGUCUUGAUUUGCUUGCUUGAACUGCCACAAUGAGUGCCUGAACUAUGAGCAUGAACACAAGAACAGCUCUUAUGGUCUUCUUCAUUAGCCUUCUUGAUUAUUUUUUAUUUUGGCCUUUUUGAUGUGUGAGUUUUUACAACAAAGCUUGACCUUAUAUAAGGAUCUUGUGCAGGCUCUCAGACGUUCUAUAAACUUGGUGCAUUUGACGUGAAUGUCAAAACCAAACAUUGUGGAACUUAGAAUAUCUUGCCAGGAAUAUAAUGUGGGUUCACACUAAAAUUGUUGGAUGUGCGUG